AUGAUGACCGCGUCAACGUUCCCUUUUGCUGUGACAGAACAUGUGAUUGAUGGGCAAUAUAUUCGCGAGUACCCUCGAGCAACUGUGUCGCAAGAUAGUCCCGUCAAGCUCGUGGUAAAAAAAUAUGUUCCCAUCAAGAACCGGACUCCCCAACCGGGCGACGUGACAAUUGUUGGCGCUCACGGCGGUGGCUUCCCAAAGGAGCUAUAUGAGCCACUAUGGGAGGACCUCCUCGCACAAAGUGAACACCAAGGGUUUCGAAUUGGAUCCAUCUGGAUUGCUGAUACUGCGAAUCUUGGCGCCAGCGGCCUGAUAAACGAGUCGACGCUCGGCGAUGACCCAUCCUGGUUAGAUCACAGCCGAGAUCUAAUGUGCAUGAUCAAUCAAUUCCGAGCUGAAAUGCCACGGCCAAUCAUCGGCGUGGGGCAUAGUAUGGGAGCUGGACAACUCGCCCUUUUGUCUCUGAUGCAUCCUCGCCUCUUCACAUCUUUGGUCUUGAUUGAGCCGGUUAUCGUACCAGACACCUUUAGUGGUCUUGGACCAUUGCUUUCACUGCUUUCACUCAAGCGCAGAGACACCUGGCCCUCAAAAUCUGCCGCGCUUAAGGCUGCACGAAAGGCGCAUAAGCAAUGGGACCCACGCGUCUUUGAUCUGUGGUCCCAGAAUGGUUAUCGAGACCUUCCAACAAUACUUUACCCACAGCUGGAAACAGCGGACACACCAGCAAUCAAGCUGGAUGACCCUCCGGUGACUCUGGCCAGCACGAAAUACCAAGAAGUGUUGCAGUACAUCCGACCCAACUUCGAUGCGCAUAUGCCUUUGGGACAAGAGCAAGUCCAUCCGGGGCCUUCGCAUGAUCCUCUACUUCAACCUGACAUGAUCGGCCCCGCCAAUAAAAUUUCCCCCUUCUAUAAGAGCGAAGCAGUCAUUGCGUGGAAGAUGCUCGAUCAUGUCCGACCCUCUGUUCUCUAUGUCGUUGGAGACCGCAGCCCGAUCCAAACAAGCAAGCUUCGCGCGAACAUGUUGCGUCGAACAGGUGCCGGGAUAGGGGGAAGCGGUGGGGCCAAAAGGUCGCAAGUGAAGGAAGCAGUAAUUGAAGGUGCUGGUCACCAGGUACCAUUUGAGAUGGUGAAAGAAACUGCAUCAGCCAUUGGUGAGUGGGUGAGUCCCGUGGUGCAAAGGUGGAAAGAUGAUGAGGCGCGAAUCUCCCAGGGAUGGGCAAGUCAGUCUGUCAAAGACAGGCUGAGUAUGCCGGGCAGUUGGUUACCCGUCUUAGAAUCACUCUAUAGUCACCCAGAACGGAAAUCGAAGAUCUAG